AUAUGCAAACAGAAUUGGUGCAAACCAAAUAAAUCACAAGUGAAUUGAAAGUGACAAAGUAAUUAAACAUGAAAUCUGUCACACCAUUAGAUCUGAAAGAACAUUCGGGAACAUUUCAAACGGUUCUCUGUUGAUUUGUUCAAUAUAAAUAUCUAAUAACACAGUACAUUAGACGGCUCUGUGAAAACUACAGCAGCAUUAUGCAUCCGAGACACAAAUAAACAAGCUUAAAUGAUCUCAGGAACGCCAAGAACCCUGAGAUGGAGAAAGAGAGAGAGAAGCUAUGAAAACAGGUAGGUGGGCAGAAGCUGAGUAUUGGAGUAUGCAGCAGGAGCCUAAAGCUUUGCAGUCCGAGCCUUCAAACACACUGCUAUCUCUGCAUCUAAUGCACACAAACACAUGCUGCCUUCAGAUAAUGGGAGAAAAGGCAGCGUCGCAGCAUUAAAGAAACAAGGACUGCUUGGGAGGGGGGACACUCUCUCUGGCUUGGACCAUGAGCAAUGAGUCUGCCAUAUGGACAAACCAGAACAGAACUUACCCCACCGAUGUCCCGCUGUCAUCAGGGGGACAGAAUGGCUAUGUCCUCCUGCUGGUCCUCUUGUCCAUCUUUGUCGGGGGGACGGUGGUCCUGCUCUCGGUCCUUCUGAUUGUCUGUCGCCGUUGUUAUGAAGGGGACAGACGCCAUGCAUGGUUCAUUGUUUGCCUCAGGGCUAGCGAUGACACCGAGAAAAGUAAUACCACCUAUGUUGAGGAGGCCCAGCCAGUGCACGAGAUUACGAUUCGCAUCGAUGAGUCAGAUUGCCUGUCGGCAGCCAGCUCCCACGACAUGGAGACAGAGCGUUUCCUCUCCACGGGCACAACCGGCCGCCGGGUCUCCUUCAACGAAGCAGCGCUCUUCGAUCACAGCAAGAAAGCACAGGAGAAGGGUCGAAGGUACACACUCACGGAGGGCGACUUCCAUCACUUGAAGAACGCGCGGCUCACCCACCUCCACCUCCCUCCACCCGCCCUCCAGAUACUCACCAUCCACGAGUGUGAGUCAUCAGAGAACAGUAUUGCCAUGACAGCGCGCCCCGUCGCUAAAUCCAGCCUCUCAGUUUUUCAGCCACCAAUAUUUUCACUGCCCCAGACUGCCCUGACCAGCCGGACUCUGAGUCCCAGCUCUGCCCUUCCUGGCGACGCUCUCAAUUCCACUGUGGACACCACGUUCUGUGAGAGCAUCACAGCGGCCGGUCCUGAGCCGUCCAGCCCGUGUCUAAUGGAGGUCAGAGGAGGAGUCGGGAGGAGCACAGGCAUCAUGGGUAAUGGUAGAGAGUGUGCGUCAGCCUCAUCCAUGGCCCUGUCCUCCUCUGGCGGGGUCCCACAGGGCCCCAUGCUUCAGUUCUUCACCAAACUCCGCCGACACGCCAGUCUGGAGGGAGCGAGUCCCUACUUCAAGAUCAAGAAGUGGAAGUUCGACAGCAGCCAGAGAGCUUCAAGUCUAGACGUGAGAGGUUCCCCCAAGCGGAGGCAGUUCCAGCGGCAGCGUGCAGCCAGCGAGAGCAUGGACCAGGAGGAUCAUGACGGCCAUCACAUCGACCUUAUCCAGUACAUCGCUCGCACCAAGGAUGUCACCUACUGCCCCACCCGGCCUAGUCCACGACUUCUCUCCCCACCUUCCACACCCCCACCCUCCCUCGGCAGGUUAAAGGUGGAGGUGAUGGUGGAGCCCAGCUGCAGCAGAGCGAUGGGUCCCGGGGUGAUCGGCCUCACCUCUGAGCCCCCGGAAGAGAGUCUUGGAAUGGGCUACCAUCAGGAGAGCUUAGAACCUCAGACCUUGUACCGUGAUAUCUGGACUCUUCGAGCUUCACUUGAGCGGUAUGUCUCAUCUGACCAGAGCAGCAGCAAUGACAAAGACUCUGUCCGCAGUGACGCAGACAGCGUGUGCUCUUUAGGGGUUAAGACCGAGAUGGGAGGGCUGCCUAGGUACCCCUCGCAGGAUAUUGGGGAUGAGAUGGAGGGGGAUACGGACUUGCCUCUAGAUGAGGGAUCUGAGAAAGGUCGCAAACAGGAUAGUGUCGAUUCUGAAAGGGGAAGUGACGGAGAACCAGGAAACCGUAAGUUGCUCCAAAUGGACAGCGGUUACGCCUCGAUAGAAGCACCUUCGCGUGCUCCAGAGGAGUUGCGCCUGUUUGGUAGCAGCAGUAGCAGUAAGGAUGGCUCCGCCAUGGAGCGCAGGCACUUCUUCAGUUCUGGUCGCAAAGGGACCGUGUGCGAGAGCUUCGACACAGACAUCUUGGAUGAAGAACUCGAAGAGGAACCAGCGGGUGCCAGCGGCGGGGUGGAUGGAGUGGAAAAGGAUGAGAGCACCAUGCUGUGGUCCCCCUAUGGCCAAAUGUUCACUCAACAUGACGUUCAACCUCAACCCCCCCUCUUUUCCCGGCGUGACUACAGCAUCGAUGAAAAAACCGACGCACUUUUCCAUGAGUUCUUGCGGCAUGACCCACAGUUCGAUCAGCAGGAGUCUCCACUGCGCUCCAAGCAUCGUUCCCGCGUGCACCUGCGUAAGCUGUGGCAGCGCUCCAAACAGUACAGUGAUCCAGGCCAGCGCUUCCAAUCCUCUUUUGACCGGUACUGCACUCCGCUCCGACGUGGCGAAACUGUCAACUACCCUCUAGAGACUAGCUACCACAGCACACUUCCACGAAUCAUUAGUGCACCUGAUGAAGAGAACAGCGAAGGUGCAACCAGUACACCCGAAACACCCAAGGCAGAUCAGGAUACCGAUACUGAUAUGGAUCCUGACAAGAAAAGAAUAUCUUCCAGCACCGAAAGCAGUGGAACCAUCAAUGAAAAGGAAGCCCUCGAGGCAUCGCAACCCCCUCCAAUGACUGACAUUUCUGGAGAGCAGUCAGUGGGCCAGGAGAACUCUAGGCAAACAUUGCCACCACCUGAGCCUCCUGAUAAACGUACACCCAAUUGUACAAGCUAUGGCCCACAGACAAUCACAGAAGAGCUGAGCGACAAGCUAGCGGCAAGCCUCGAAGAGCGGCUGUACUCAGAUCUCCGCAGGACCAGGGAACCGCCCGAGUGUAGUGCAGUGACUGUGACCUACACAUCCCCUGAUCACAGUCCAGUGUAGCAUGUGGCUCCCUUCAUCACCUCAUGCAAGAACACUUCAUGGCAACGACAGGUCCAAAGUUUUGAUCGGCAUUGGUUCCGAUCUGAAACAGGUUUGCUUUGGUCAUUUAAAUGGUGAGGAAAUCAUUCUCAUUAUGUCCUAGACCAGUGGUGUAGAGAUGCUUCUUCCAUGCUCAGUGUUAAAUGGAAACUAAGGUUCAUACCUCAUGUUGCUCAAUGCACCAAGUCUUAAACAAAUUAAAUGUCAAAGUCUGUUAUUAAAGCUCUCCUUUUAGCUACUUGUUGACUUCAAAAGCCAAUAUUUCCUCUGCACUAGGUAAUCCACUGUGAAAUUGGGUGCUAUUAGAUUUAAGAUUGAUUAUAUUUGUAAUUGCAUGAAUUAUAUUGCAAUGCUUCCUAUCCGGAUGUCUGUUCAUGACCCAAAUCAAUAUUAUUUUCUUUCACUUGUUUUUUAAAUGUACAAGCUAGCCCUUCAUUCGAUUAUUAUGUUUUGUUUCUGAAGUUGUAAAAUACUCAAUACUACUUUACUUAUUAUUAGCUUCUUGGAAUUUGUUGUGUGGUUGAACCUGCUUUAAGAUUUUAAAAAGAAAAAAAAUGCAAUCAAUUAUAAAUCAUAAUGGAAUCAUCAUGGAAUAAACUGUAGAAAUUUCCUUGUAUGGGUAGACAUGUCUAAUUAUGUCACAUGACCCAUAUUUAAAAAACAACAGCAUAUCUGAAACACCAUGGCAUUGGGCCAGUUCCUAAGCAAACAUAAACAUAAGUCUUUUCCCUUUUAACUUCACAGUGUUUAUAAUUUGGGUUAAAUAAGAUGGUAUUAGUUGCACUACAUCACUAGCUGUGUUAGCUUGUUCCCCACCAAUUUGUUUGCAAUCCAUUAUUAACUGUCCUUUUCAUUUAAUAGUGUUAUUUUACCAUUGAGGCACUGAAUGGCUAAAACUGCCUCUUUGUGAGAUACUGUAAUUUCAUGACCAUUGAAUUAUUAUUAUUAUUGUGCUUGUCAUCUUUUAAGUGCAUAAUUUGUUCUGUAUAAUUGAUCAUAUCUGUGAGAAUGAGAAAAAGACAGAACGACUUUUGAGUAUACAGUGCCAAACUGUUGUCAGGUAAUACCAAGAUAAAACAUUAAAACACAACAGUUUGGAAAACUGAGAAAGAAAAGACAAUCCUGCAAAAUAAUGACCACAGAUAUUCCUCUCUAAGGGUUUGAAUCAGGCCUGAGAAUUUUUUAUGAAUUUCAUUAUGAGAAGGGCAUGCCUUUUCUUGCAUGUAUUUCAGGAAAUGAGCUCUGUGUGUUCGUUAACAUUACUUUUAUGUGAAAAUUACCAAGACAAGAAUGCCUAGAGGUGGAUGACUGCAUAAGCUGCCUUUGGACAGAAGCGUUAUUUAAAAUCAUUUAAAGCAAAUCCCACUGCCCAGCAAAAGCAACUGUUGAAUCUCGGUACAAAUGCCACCAUUCACGUUGAUCUGAAUUAUUCCAAUGAAAUGGGAUUCUAGUAUUCCAGCCUGUCAGCUACGUGUUGCAUUCUAUAUCGAUGAUUAUGGGUUUGAUCUUCAUGAAAGCAUGCAAACAAAAGGUUGUCCUUGGCGGAUUCUCAAUUGUGAUGUGUUGGAAAGUGUAUCUUUGAGAAAUCUGAGCGAAAAGGCCAUUGGUGAUAGAGGCUCUUGAUGUAAUGAAGAAAACCCUUGGCUAGCAUCCACAGGCCUUGUCUAUGAUGGCUCACAUUGUUUUGUGGCCUUUUAGGGUGAUUGUCUGAGCUGUCGAGUAGUUCUAUAAAAGGUACAUGUAAUAUUUAGGGUGCAUCUGAAGUGCCCUGUCUAGAAUUAAAAGGCUUUCAUUAUCUAGGUGAACAAUGACUGAUGUAUGUGCAUGGAGUAAUUAACAAUGCCAGAGGAAAAAAAAGAGCUUCAGACUAGCUGAAAUUGUUGAUUGAUUGUCUCUGGCUAAAUGAAACAUACUGACAAUCUCACAUGAUUAAUAUGGUGCCUUCCUCUGUGUUUAACAUUUAAUGGGAUAGUUCACCCCCAAAAAAGUCCAUGCAGUGAAAGACUGUGGGGUCCGAACAUUGUUGUUUGGACCCCAUUGACUUUCAUUGCAUAAGCAAAAACAGUAGAAAAAUUAUUCAAAAUAUCUUCUUUUGUGUUCGACACAUGAAAGGCAGAUACAUGUUUGGAAUGACGUGAGGGUGCAUAAAUGAUGCCAGAAUCUCCAUCUUUGGAUGAACCGUAACAUUAGGUAAACAAUUGUUAUGGCCAGAUCUCAGUAGAGCACUUAUUUCUUAUAUCCUAGUUUGUCCAUAAUUGAACAGACCAAAUUACCAUAUAGAGAUUAAUAAAAAAAAAUAGAAAACAAACAAAAAUGCAGAAAUAGGAAUCUGUAACUUGUAUGUCAAAUACAUGUACACCUAUGCUAGCGAUUACAAAUCCAGUCCUUGGUUUUAAUUAACUGUAAUCCAGAACAUGUCAGGGACAGUGAAAUCUUUACAUUGGAAAGUAGAAUUGUACAAAGCACAAUGAUGUCCCAGUGCAGGCACUAGAAUAGUCUAUGUCUUGGACUGGACAUAAACCUAGUUGGGGACCUUACAGUAUGUGCACAAUCAAACAGCCUGUCAGUUUAAAGAUUACUGUGUAUAGAUUUGCAUGUGAUUACAAAUUAUUGUUUAGCAGAUCCAAAAUGAAACAUCAAAUGACAGAUAUUUUUAAUGUGACUGAUAAUUAAAAGAAGUAGACUUGGUACUUAAAUAUUGUAAAGUAUUUUAAGGAGUCUGUUAUUUUAGAAUUUCUGCUUUGCUGACUUGAUGAGAUUUUUUUGCCAUAUUUCCAUGGACAAAAAGGUUUAUUUAUAUUGCUGACUAUAUUUCGAUGAAAGAGAAAAUAUAUUUAUGUGCAAAUUUCCAUGUAGAAAAAAAAGAAAUCUGUAAAAAUCUGCUUGACUAAUUACUAAUUUAAAGAAAAAAACAACUAAAAAGAGAAAGCGAGGCAAGCUUUCUGAACAUUUUGUUUAGUUUACCUGGAUCUCUUUGUUCUAGAUCUACUGAGCCUUGAGGGACCAACCAAUCUAAACUUUUAUUUUCAUGUUAUGUUUUUUCAACUAGUCAAUAAAGAAUGAUGCAUUAUGA